AUGUCAUUUGAAAGCGUUCAUGGGAAAAAGGACAAAGCAUUGUCAAGGAGGGUCGAUGAGAUUUGCAAGGAGUUCACCAUUGAUAAGUCCGAAUUAGAAGAGCUCACGUACCAUUUCAUUGAUUCGCUGGAGGCUGGAUUACAACCGUUGGGUAAAGAUCAAGGCACUUAUAGGAAUAUGCCUAUGAUACCAUCCUUUGUGACUGAUAAGCCCAACGGUACCGAGACAGGUCUAUUUCUCGCAGCUGAUUUGGGUGGUACCAAUUUUAGAAUAUGUUCAGUGGAAUUGCGCGGUGAUCAUACGUUUACUUUACAGCAGUUGAAGUCUGCGAUUCCAGACGAGCUGCUUGAGGAGGAAGGUGUUAGUAGUCAUGAUUUAUUCAAUUAUUUGGCAAGACGAACAUCAGUUUUCCUCAGGAAGUACCAUCCUGAUUUAUUAGAAAAUGGUGAAUCCAAACCAUUGAAAUUGGGAUUCACUUUCUCGUACCCCGUGGACCAAAAGGGUCUUGGUUCCGGUACGUUGAUCCGUUGGACAAAGGGUUUUCAUAUUCAAGAUACCGUUGGUAAGGAUGUUGUUCAGUUAUAUCAAAAGGAACUGGAGACACAGGGAUUGUCAUCUGUUAGAGUUGUUGCGUUGACCAACGAUACCGUGGGUACCUUUUUAUCUCACUGUUACAGUUCUGGUGAUGCUACUUCUUCACUAUCUGGUGAAAUCUCUGAUCCUGUUAUUGGUUGUAUCUUUGGUACUGGUACCAAUGGUUGUUAUAUGGAAGAAAUUGAUAACAUCAAGAAAUUACCACAGGAGGUUAGAGAUCAACUCCGAAAAGAAGGUAAGACUCGAAUGAUUAUCAAUACCGAAUGGGGUUCCUUCGAUAACGAAUUAAAGGUCUUACCAGUGACCAAAUACGACGUUGCCAUUGAUCAGCAAUAUUCUACAAACCCUGGUUAUCACUUGUUUGAAAAACGUAUCUCUGGUAUGUUCCUGGGUGAAAUCUUGAGAAAUGUGCUAGUAGACUUGCACAGUGAAGGUCUUUUGUUCUCUCAGUACAAGACUUACGAACAACUACCACACCGUUUAAAGACACCAUUCAAGCUAAGCAGUGAGGUUCUUUCUCAUAUUGAAAUUGACGAUUCUACAGAUUUUCGUGAGACUGAAUUGAGUCUGAACCAGGCUCUAAGAUUGCCCACAACUCGUCACGAACGCUGUGAAAUUCAACGUAUAGUUCGUGCGAUUUCUCGUAGAUCUGCCUUCUUGUCUGCCGUGCCAAUAGCAGCUGUUUUGAUAAAGACCGGUGCUUUGCACAAACGUUUCCAUGGUGAAGUGGAAAUCGGUUGCGAUGGAUCUGUGGUUGAAUACUACCCUGGUUUCAGAUCCAUGUUAAGAGAAGCGCUUGCAUUGAGCCCAUUGGGUCCUGAUGGUGAACGUAAGGUUCAUAUCAAGAUCGCAAAGGAUGGUUCUGGUGUUGGUGCUGCUCUGUGUGCCCUAGUGGCUUAA